CCCGUCCUUUCCGCUGUUAUGGGAACCCAUAGUGACUGGGUGGAAGAGGUUAGCACGAACUGUAAACAUGGCGGCGUGCACAGCCAGAAGUCUGUGCUGUAAACCCCCAUAUUAGUGAGUGAAGUACCGAGGCAAGUAAAUCAUGGAGACCGAAGAGGAGCAACACAUGACGACGCUGCUCUGCAUGGGCUUCCCAGACCCUGUUGCUAUAAGAAAAGCUCUCCGCUUGGCCAAAAACGACAUCAACGAGGCAGUUGCGCUUCUUACUAACGAGAGCCCCGGACUCGGGUAUGGGUAUGAGCCGAUGGAGAGUGGGCCUGCUCCGGGGCCUGGGCCCGGUGGUGAUGGAGAAAGCAACAGCCGUAGUGGGAGUGGUACCGGAGGAUUUGACCCACCACCUGCUUAUCAUGACGUUGUGGAGGGCGAGAGGAGCAACGACGAAAAUGGGAACUGCUCCGGCGGGAACAUGGAGUUCCCCACCACCAACCUGUACGAGCUGGAGAGCCGUGUUUUCACCGACCACUGGUCCAUCCCCUACAAGAGGGAGGAGUCGCUGGGCAAGUGCCUCAUCGCCUCCACGUGCCUGGCAAGACUGGGUCUUGCUGAUGCAGAUGAGAACUGCAAGAGGUUCAUAGACCGAUGCAUGCCGGAAGCCUUCAAAAAGCUGCUGACAUCAAGUGCAGUCCACAAAUGGGGCACAGAGAUUCACGAGGGGAUCUACAACAUGCUCAUGCUGCUGGUUGACCUGGUGGCGGAGCGGGUGAAGCAGGACCCCAUCCCAGUGGGGCUGUUGGGGGUUCUCACCAUGGCCUUUAACCCAGAUAAUGAGUACCACUUCAAGAACCGCAUGAAGUCCUGUCAGAGGAAUUGGGCAGAGGUAUUUGGGGAGGACAGCAUGUUUGCUGUCUCUCCCAGCUCCAGCUACCAGAAGGAGCCUCAUGGUUGGCUCGUGGACCUGGUGAACAGGUUUGGAGAGAUGGGAGGAUUUACUGCGAUUCAAACCAAGCUGAACGCGGAGGAAAUAGAAAUCGGGAGCGUUUCAGCCCUGGUCCAGCCCCUGGGAGUCUGUGCAGAGUACCUCAACUCCAGCCUGGUCCAGCCCAUGCUGGAUCCUGUCAUCCACAAGAUGAUCAACUACGUACAGAACCUGGAGGAGAAAGACCUUAAGGAUAAGCGUCUGGUCAGUAUCCCCGAGCUGCUGUCGGCCAUCAAGCUGCUUUGCAUGAGGUUCCAGCGGGAGCUGGUGACGGUGGUGGACGACCUGCGCCUGGACAUCCUGCUGCGCAUGCUCAAGACGCCGCACUUCAGCGCCAAGAUGAACUCCCUCAAAGAGGUGACAAAGUUGAUAGAGGAAAGCACUGUGUCAAAGACAGUGAAAAACGCCAUAGACACUGACCGAUUACUAGACUGGCUGGUGGAAAAUUCAGUGCUGUCAAUAGCCCUUGAAGGUAAUAUUGAUCAGGCGCAGUACUGUGACCGCAUAAAGGGAAUCAUUGAACUCCUUGGCAGCAAACUCUCCCUGGAUGAGCUCUCCAAAAUCUGGAGAAUACAGGCGGGCCAGUCCUCCACGGUGAUUGAGAAUAUCCACACCAUCAUCGCGGCCGCAGCUGCCAAGUUCAACUUUGACCAGCUAAGUCACCUGUUUGUCCUCAUCCAGAAGAGCUGGGAAGUGGAGAGUGACCGGGUUCGACAGAAACUGCUGAGUCUGAUUGGGAGGAUUGGCCGAGAGGCUCGCUCGGAGGCCACCACAGGGAAGGUGCUGGAGGUGCUCUGGGAGUUGGCACACCUGCCUACGUUGCCCAUUAACCUGGUGCAGCAGGCCUUGGAGGAGCACCUCACCAUCCUGAGCGACGCCUAUGCCGUCAAGGAGACCGUAAAGAGGAACUACAUCAUCAAGUGCAUCGAGGACAUCAAGAAGAUACUAAUACAGGAGGAAACAAAAUCUUCCAGCGAGACACAAGUCUCUUUUCUAACUGGCUCCUGGGGCAAGAGGAAACCGAGCUCAGUGUCCAAAUCAUCCCAGCAGAGCAAUCCCCAGGCUGUCUGGGUAGUGCCAGCCCUGCGGCAGCUCCAUGAGAUCACCCGCUCGUUCAUCAAGCAGACCUACCAGAAACAGGACAAGCAGAGCAUUAUCCAGGACCUGAAGAAGAACUUUGAGAUCGUCAAGUUGAUCACAGGGAGCCUUGUGUCCUGUCACCGGCUGGCCGUGUCUGUCGCUGGGCAGAGUGGACUCUCUGGGUCCACGCUGGUAGACGGCAGAUACUCGUACCAAGAGUACCUGGAGGGCCACCUGAAGUUCCUGGCCUUCUUCCUGCAAGAGGCCAGCUUGUACCUAGUAUGGAAUAGGGCCAAGGAGGUGUGGGAGUGCCUUGUAUCUGGGAUGGAUGUCUGUGAACUGGACAGAGAGAUGUGUUUCGAGUGGUUCACCAAGGGGCAGCACGACCUGGAGAGCGACGUGCAGCAGCAGCUCUUCAAGGAGAAGAUCCUCAAGCUGGAGCCGUAUGAGAUUACCAUGAACGGGUUUAACCUCUUUAAGACCUUCUUUGAGAAUGUGAACCUCAGUGACCACCGGCUUAAACGACAGGGAACUCAGCUGUGUGUGGAGCGUCUGGACCUGACUGGGAUGGAUUUCAUCUGGCGGAUAGCCAUGGAGUCUCCGGAUGAAGAGAUUGCCAACGAAGCCAUUCAGCUCAUCAUCACCUACAGCUACAUCAACCUCAAUCCCAAAAUGAAGAAGGAUUCUGUAUCACUGCACAAGAAGUUCAUUGCAGAUUGUUAUAAAAGACUAGAGGCUGCCAGCUCAGCCCUGGGGGGGCCCACUCUGACGCAUGCUGUUACCAGAGCAACCAAGAUGCUUACGGCCACAGCCAUGCCCACGGUCGCCACUUCUGUACAAUCUCCUUCCAGGUCCACAAAGCUUGUGAUAAUCGAAAGGCUUCUAUUACUUGCUGAGCGAUAUGUCAUCACUAUAGAGGAUUUGUAUUCAGUCCCUCGGACCAUUCUACCUCACGGAGCCUCUUUCAAUGGCCACCCUGUUACUCUCCACAUCACGUAUGAAUCUACCAAAGACACCUUUAACCUGGAGGCCCACAGUAAUGAAACUAUUGGGAGCAUCAGAUGGAAGAUAGCAGACCAUUUAAGCUGCCCUGUGGACAAUGUUCAGAUAUUUGCAAAUGACAGCAUGCUGACCAUGAACCGUGACCAGAAACUGCUGAACCAGCUGGGCUUCUCGGAUGAGCAGAGCCUUACUGUAAAGAGCUCAGGCACGGGCACCCCGUCGGGUAGCUCAGCAGACUCCUCUGCCAGCGCCAGCAGCAGCAGCAGCGGCGUCUUCAACACCACCUACGCCCUGGAGCAGGAAAAGUCUCUGCCUGGCGUGGUGAUGGCAUUGGUUUGUAACGUGUUUGAGAUGCUGUACCAGCUGGCGAACCUGGACGAGCCCAGGAUAACUCUGCGGGUGCGGAAGCUUCUCCUGUUGAUACCCACUGACCCUGAAGUCCAGGAUGCUCUCGAUAACUUUGUGCCAAAAGAGUCCAGCGUCUGGAGCCACCAGAAAACCCUCUUCACGCUGGGCUCGGGUAACCAGGCCACCAAGUCCCCGUCUCUGUCCUCCAAGCAGCAGCACCAGCAGAGCGCAGCCUCCAUCCUGGAGUCCCUGUUCCGUUCCUCUGCGCCCGGCAUGUCCACCUUCAGAGUGCUCUACAACCUGGAGGUCCUGAGCUCCAAACUGAUGCCAACGUCUGAUGACGAGAUGGCCAAAACUAGUGUCAAAUCCUUCUGUGAGAAUUUCCUCAAAGCAGGGGGCUUGAGCCUGGUGGUGAACGUCAUGCAGAGGGACUCCAUACCCUCGGAGGUGGACUACGAAACCAGGCAGGGUGUCUACUCCAUCUGUCUUCAGCUUGCAAGAUUCCUCCUGGUAGGGCAGACCAUGCCCAGCAUUCUGGAUGAGGAGGUCAGUAAGGAUGGGCUGGACACCCUAUCGUCUCGCCCUUUCCGCAACGUGAGCCGACAGGGCAGCAGGCAGCUCUCCCUGUGCGGCACGCCGGAGAAGUCCUCCUACAGGCAGAUGUCCAUGUCGGACCGCUCCUCCAUCCGCGUGGAAGAGAUCAUUCCAGCUGCUCGAGUGGCCAUCCAGACCAUGGAGGUUAGUGACUUCACAUCGACAGUUGCCUGCUUCAUGCGCCUCACAUGGGCAGCUGCAGCGGGACGGCUGGACCUUGUGGGCAGCAGCCAGCCUAUCAGAGAGAGCACCAACUCCCUGUUCCCCCUGGGCGUUCGCAGUCGUGUCAGCAGCACAGGAAGUAACUGCAGCUCCAGCAGUGAGGGGGAGGCGACCACACUGCAUGCAGGAAUCUGCGUGAAACAGCUGUGUGUGUCUAUCAAGGACACUAUCAUUGCCCGGGAGGCCCUGUCACUACUUGUGACCUGUCUGCAGCUGCGCUGCCAGCAGCUCUCUUCAUUUUACAACUUGCCUUGUGUGAGCGAUUUCAUAAUAGAUAUACUGCUUGGAUCACCCAGUGAAGAGAUUCGGCGCGUGGCCUGUGACCAGCUGUACACGCUCAGUCAGACGGACACCUCUGCCUACCCAGACCUGCAGAAGCCCAACCUCUUCCUCCUGAAGGUGGUUCUCACUGCCCAGCUGCCGCUGUGGUCCCCCACCAGCAUCAUGAGGGGCAUCAACCAGAGGCUGCUGUCUCAGUGCACUGAAUAUUUUGACCUGCGAUGCCAGCUACUGGACGAUCUGACCUCCACAGAGAUGGAGCAGCUGCAGAUCAGCCCCGCAGUCAUGCUGGAGGAUGAGAUCAACUGGCUGGACAAUUUCGAGCCCACCUGGACGGCAGAGCUGGAGACCAGUGAAGCCGACAACAUCCUGCAGGCGGGCCACCUGCGCCUGAUCAAGACCCUCCUGUCCCUGUGCGGAACGGAGAAGGAGCAGCUGGGCCCUUCGCUGAUCCAGCAGCUCUUGGACGACUUCCUGUUCCGAGCCUCGCGCAUCAUUCUCAACAGCAACAACCCCUCCAGCUCCUCGGCUCCCAUCCAGGACUUCCACCCGAAGUGCAGCACGGUCAGCAGCAGACUGGCCGCGUAUGAAGUGCUGGUCAUGCUGGCGGACAGCUCCAUCACCAACCUGCAGCUGAUCACCCGUGAGCUGCUCUCCAUGCACCACCAGAGUGACCCCUCCCUCACCAAGGAGUUCGACUACCUUCCUCCUGUGGACAGUCGCUCGGUGUCAGGGUUUGUGGGUCUGAAGAACGGUGGGGCCACCUGCUAUAUGAAUGCAGUUUUCCAGCAGCUCUACAUGCAGCCCGGCCUGCCGGAGGCCUUCCUGUCUAUCGAGGAUGAAACGGAGAAUCCAGAGGAGAGCGUGUUUUGCCAGGUCCAGUCCCUGUUUGGCCACCUGAUGGAGAGCAAGCUGCAGUACUAUGUCCCAGAGAACUUUUGGAAGAUCUUUAAGAUGUGGAACAAGGAGCUGUAUGUGCGUGAGCAGCAGGAUGCCUAUGAAUUUUUCACCAGCCUGGUGGAUCAGCUGGAUGAGCACCUAAAGAAAAUCGGAAGAGAGCAGAUUUUCAAGAACACGUUCCAAGGCAUUUUCUCGGAUCAGAAGAUCUGUAAGGACUGUCCACACAGGUAUGAGCGGGAGGAGACCUUCAUGGCCUUGAACCUGGGGGUGACAUCCUGCCAGAGUCUGGAGAUCUCCCUUGACCAGUUUGUCCGAGGAGAGGUCCUUGAGGGUAGCAAUGCCUACUACUGUGAAAAGUGCAAAGAGAAGAGAACCACAGUAAAGCGCACGUGUAUCAAGUCACUCCCCAGUGUGCUGGUCAUCCACCUCAUGCGCUUCGGCUUUGACUGGGAGAGUGGGCGCUCCAUCAAGUAUGACGAGCAGAUAAGGUUCCCCUGGGUGUUGAACAUGGAGCCCUACACGGUUUCGGGUAUGGCGCGCCAGGACUCCAGCUCUGACCAUGGGGAGAAUGGCCGAGGCGGGGAGCCCGGCUCAGGGGGGUCACCCCGGAAGAAGGUCACUAUCUCGGAGAACUACGAGCUGGUGGGAGUUGUAGUGCACAGCGGUCAGGCACACGCCGGACACUACUACUCCUUCAUCAAGGAUCGCCGGGGAAGUGCCCGUGGCCGAUGGUACAAAUUCAAUGACAACGUCGUGGAGGAGUUCGACAUGAAUGACGAGUCUCUGGAGUAUGAGUGCUUCGGAGGAGAGUACCGGCCCAAAGUUUACGAUCAGUCCAACCCUUACCCAGAUGUGCGCAGGAGAUACUGGAAUGCGUACAUGCUGUUCUACCAGCGAAUCUCAGACCAAAACUCCCCUGUCCUGCCUAAGAAGAGUCGCGUGAGCGUGAUGAGGCAGGAGGCCGAGGACCUGUCUCUAUCUGCCCCCUCGUCCCCUGAAAUCUCCCCUCAGUCCUCCCCGCGCCCCCCAAGGGCCAACAACGACCGGCUGUCUUUGCUCACCCGCCUGGUGAGGAAGGGUGAGAAGAAGGGGCUGUUUGUGGAGAAGAUGCCAGCCAGGAUCUACCAGAUGGUGAGAGACGAGAAUCUCAAGUUUAUGAAGAACAGAGAUGUAUAUAACAGUGACUACUUCAGCUUCACCCUCUCACUGGCCUCAGUCAAUGCUACGAAACUCAAGCACCCAUUUUACCAAGCCAUGGCCAAGGUCAGCCUGCAGCUGGCGGUGCAGUUCCUCUUCCACACGUACCUGCAUACCAAGAAGAAGCUCAGGGUAGACACAGAUGAGUGGAUCACCACUGUGGAGGUUCUGCUGUCCAAGAGCAGCGAGGCCUGCCAGUGGAUGGUGCAGUACCUGGUUGGCCCCGAGGGACGGGAGACCAUCAAGAUCUGUCUCUUGGAGUGUAGCGUGCGGGAGGUGCGAGUAGUGGUGGCCACCAUCCUGGAGAAGACGCUGGAGAGUGCCUUACACUUCCAGGACCCAGGCCUGGACUCGCUGCUUGAUGUUCUGCUGUCUCUGCUGGACAAGGAUGUCCCUGAAAACUGCAAGAACUGUUCUCAGUACUUCUCCCUCUUCAGCAACUUUGUGCAAAGGGGCUAUGGACCUUGUCAGCUGCUGCUGAAACACGCUGCAUAUCGCAGAAUGCUUAUCUUCCUGCUGGGACCCAACCGGCAGAACAACCAGAAUCGGCGCUGGAGCUCGGCCCAGGCCCGGGAAUUCCUUCACCUCCACAACACCCUGGCGCUGGUGGUGCUCCACUCAGACCUCUCUACACAAAGGACUGUCGCUCCAGGCCUGUACAAGCACAGUGCCACCGGGAGUGUCCCCGCCUCCGCUUCCCUCCUCCCCCUGCACGCUGACAUCGAAGCCUCGCUCUUCAAACCAGAGGGCCAGCCCUACCUGCUGGAGGUGAUGUUUGCCAUGCGGGAGUUGUCUGGGCCACUCUCCUUCCUGAUUGAAAUGAUCACCUACUGCUCCCUCUGCAAUGAGCAUUUCUCCCUCGGCGUGCUGCAGCUGCUCAAGAAUCAGCUGGAGACUGCCCCUCCUCAUGAGCUGAAGAAUGUCUUCCAGAUGCUGCUUGAAAUCUUGAUGGUUGAAGACCCGCUGCAGUCACAGAGACUGAAGUUUGCGUUCGAGUCAGAGAAGGGGCUUUUGGCUCUGAUGCAUCAGAGCAAUAACGUGGACAGCAGCCGCUGUUACCAGUGUGUCAAGUUCCUGGUCACUCUGGCCCAGAAGUGUUCCCCUGCCAAGGACUACUUCAAGGAGCUCUCCAGCCACUGGAGCUGGGCCGUGCAGUGGCUGCAGAAGAAGAUGUCAGAACACUACUGGACGCCUCAGAGUAAUGUUUCAAACGAGACGUCCACCGCCAAAACUUUCCAGCGCACAAUUUCAGCACAGGACACACUCGCGUAUGCCACUGCCCUCCUCAAUGAGAAGGAGCAGUCAGGCAGCAGCAACGGGUCCGAUGGAAGCCCUGCCAAUGAGAACUCAGACCGCAGCCUGAGACAGGGUUCGGAGUCACCCAUGAUGCUGGGAGAUUCCAAGAGCGAUCUGGAAGAUGUGGACUCCUAAUUCUUUUCACCAGCAAGAGGGGAGUUUUCCACAUACAACAAAGGACCCUGAAAAUCCCUCCAUCCCGAUGGAGACACAGUGUGGCUUCUUAUAGCCUAUCAAAAGACUGCAGCUGAUGAUUGAUCUCCAUGAUCAGUCACUCCAGAAGUGAUAAAAAUAAACCCGAGCAUUUGGUCUCCCCAUCACCACAGCUAAAAGGACUGGAGUAAAUAUACACUUCUCUUUGUCAGCAGGAGCCAUGCUGCUGCUAAUCAUUCACAGUUAAUUUGGUCCUUAUUAAGGGGCUUUACAGAAUUCAGAAACAAAAAAGGGUUAAUGUGUGACUAGUAUCCAACCACACAUGAAGGUAAAUCCAGUUGUUGUUUUUUUAUCAUACAGAGCUACGCAACAAGAGAGGU